AUGGAUUUUGAUCUAAAGAAGCAAAUCAAGAACACAAGGUUGCUGCAGAGUGAAGAACUGCACAAUUAUAUUCUUGAAACUAGUGUUUAUCCACGCGAAGCAGAACCCCUGAAGGAGCUAAGGGAAGCAACUGAAAAUCACCCUAAGUCCUACAUGGCUGGUGCACCAAUUGCAGGACAAAUGAUUUCAUUCCUUCUGAAGAAGGAGAAUGCUAAAAAAACUAUUGAAGUUGGAGUGUUUACAGGAUACUCCCUCUUGCUAACCGCUCUUUCGAUCCCGGAUGAUGGAAAGAUUGUUGCAAUUGACUGUGAUAGAGAAGCAUAUCAGAUUGGCUUACCAUUCAUCAAGAAAGCCGGUGUUGAAGACAAAAUCGACUUCAUUGUAUCAGAUGCUCAUCUAGCUCUUGAUAAUCUUCUCCUGAAUGCAAAAAAUGAGGGUAGUUUCGACUUUGCCUUCGUAGAUGCGGACAAAACUAGCUACCUGAAUUACCAUGAGAGGUUGAUGAAGCUCGUCAAGGUUGGGGGUGUGAUUGCUUACGAUAACACACUUUGGGGAGGAACAGUGGCCGUGCCUGGAUCACAUGUACCAGACUCCAUGAAGAAGAAUCGAGAGGCCGUUAUCAAGUUGAACAAGUCCCUGGCUGCUGAUUCUCGCAUCGACAUUGCUCAUCUUCCUCUUGGUGAUGGCAUCACUUUUUGUAGGCGUCUCAUUUGAUCUACUGUCUUUAUGCUUCUUAUAUUAUUUCAAUGGAGGAGCAUACAAUUGCACCCAUCGAACAAAUUUUUAGCAAGUGUAAUAAUGCAUUCAAUGCAAAG